AUGACCAACAUUCUUUCUCUUUCUUUCUUCCUCUCCCAUUCUGUUUCUCUUUCUUUCUUUCUCUCCCAUUCUGUUUCUCUUUCUUUCUUUCUCCCCCAUUCUGUUUCUCUUUCUUUCUUUCUCCCCCAUUCUGUUUCUCUUUCUUUCUUUCUCUCCCAUUCUGUUUCUCUUUCUUUCUUUCUCCCCCAUUCUGUUUCUCUUCCUUUCUUCCUCUCCCAUUCUGUUUCUCUUUCUUUCUUUCUCUCCCAUUCCAUUUUUCUUUCUUUCUUUCUCCCCCAUUCUGUUUCUCUUUCUUUCUUCCUCCCCCAUUCUGUUUCUCUUUCUUUCUUCCUCUCCCAUUCUGUUUCUUUUCUUUUCUUUCCAUUUUUCUUUCUUUCUUUUCUCCCCAUUCUGUUUCUCUUUCUUUUCUUCCUCUCCCAUUUCUGUUUUUCUUUCUUUCUUUCUCCCCCAUUCUGUUUCUCUUUCUUUCUUCCUCUCCCAUUCUGUUUCUCUUUCUUUCUUCCUCUCCCAUUCUGUUUCUCUUUCUUUCUUUCUCUCCCAUUCCAUUUUUCUUUCUUUCUUUCUUUCUCCCCCAUUCUGUUUCUCUUUCUUUCUUCCUCUCCCAUUCUGUUUCUCUUUCUUUCUUCCUCUCCCAUUCCAUUUUUCUUCUUUCUUUCUCCCCAUUCUGUUUCUCUGUCUCCCAUUCUGUUUUCUUUCUUUCCUCUCCCAUUCCAUUUUCUUUCUUUCUUUCUUUCUCCCCAUUCUGUUUCUCUUUCUUUCUUCCUCUCCCAUUCUGUUUCUCUUUUCUUUCUUCCUCUCCCAUUCCAUUUUCUCUUUCUUUCUUUCUCCCCAUUCCAUUUUGUUUCUCUUUCUUUCUUCCUCUCCCCAUUCUUUUCUUUUCUUUCUUUCUCUCCCAUUCCAUUUUUUCUUUCUUUCUUUCCCCCCAUUCUGUUUCUCUUUCUUUCUUUCUCCCCAUUCUGUUUCUCUUUCUUUCUUCCUCUCCCAUUCUGUUUCUCUUUCUUUCUUUCUCUCCCAUUCCAUUUUUCUUUCUUUUUUCUCCCCCAUUCUGUUUCUCUUUUUUUCCCCCAUUCCCAUUUGUUUCUUUUCUUUCUUCCUCUCCCAUUCUGUUUCUCUUUCUUUCUUCCUCUCCCAUUCUGUUUUCUUUCUUUCUUUCUCUCCCAUUCCAUUUUUCUUUCUUUCUUUCUCCCCAUUCUGUUUCUCUUUCUUUCUUCCUCUCCCAUUCCAUUUUUUUCUUUCUUUCUUUUUCUCCCCAUUCUGUUUCUCUUUCUUUCUUCCUCUCCCAUUCUGUUUCUCUUUCUUUCUUCCUCUCCCAUUCUGUUUCUCUUUCUUUCUUUUUCCCAUUUUUCCUUUCUUUCUUUUCCCCCAUUCUGUUUCUUUCUUUCUCUCCCCCCAUUCUCUUUUCCCCCAUUCUGUUUUCUUUCUUCUCUCCCAUUCUGUUUCUCUUUCUUUUCUUUCUCUCCCAUUCCAUUUUCUUUCUUUCUUUCUCCCCCAUUCUGUUUCUUUCUUCCUCUCCCAUUCUAUUUUCUUUCUUUCCUCUCCCAUUCCAUUUUUCUUUCUUUCUUUCUCCCCCAUUCUGUUUCUCUUUCUUUCUUUCUCCCCAUUCUGUUUUUCUUUCUUUUCUUUCUCCCCCAUUCUGUUUCUCUUUUUUUCUUCCUCUCCCAUUCUGUUUCUCUUUCUUUCUUCCUCUCCCAUUCUGUUUCUCUUUUUUCUUUCUUCCAUUCCAUUUUUUUUUUCUUUCUUUCUUUUCUCCCCAUUCAUUUUCUCUUUCUUUCUUCUCCCCAUUCUGUUUCUCUUUCUUUCUUUCUCUCCCAUUCCAUUUUUUUCUUUCUUUCUCCCCAUUCUGUUUCUCUUUCUUUCUUCCUCUCCCAUUCUGUUUUUCUUUCUUUCUUUCUCUCCCAUUCAUUUUUUUUCUUUCUUUCUUUCUCCCCAUUCUGUUUCUCUUUCUUUCUUCCUCUCCCAUUCUGUUUCUCUUUCUUUCUUUCUCUCCCAUUCCAUUUUUUCUUCUUUCUUUUCCCCCAUUCUGUUUCUCUUUCUUUCUUCCUCUCCCAUUCUGUUUCUCUUUCUUUCUUCCUCUCCCAUUCCAUUUUUUUUCUUCUUUCUUUCUCCCCCAUUCUGUUUCUCUUUCUUUCUUCCUCUCCCAUUCUGUUUCUCUUUCUUUCUUUCUCUCCCAUUCCAUUUUUUUCUUUCUUUUCUUUCUUUCUCCCCAUUCUGUUUCUCUUUCUUUCUUCCUCUCCCAUUCUGUUUCUCUUUCUUUCUUUCUCUCCCAUUCCAUUUUUUCUUUCUUUUUUUCUCCCCCAUUCUGUUUCUCUUUUUUCUUCCUCUCCCAUUCCAUUUUUCUUUCUUUCUUUCUCCCCAUUCUGUUUCUCUUUCUUUCUUCCUCUCCCAUUCUGUUUUCUCUUUCUUUCUUCCUCUCCCAUUCUGUUUCUCUUUCUUUCUUUCCUCCCAUUCCAUUUUUUCUUUCUUUCUUUCUCCCCCAUUCUGUUUCUCUUUCUUUCUUCCUCUCCCAUUCUGUUUUCUUUCUUUCUUUCUCUCCCAUUCCAUUUUCUUUCUUUCUUUCUCCCCAUUCUGUUUCUCUUUCUUUCUUCCUCUCCCAUUCUGUUUCUCUUUCUUUCUUUCUCUCCCAUUCCAUUUUUCUUUCUUUCUUUCUCCCCCAUUCUGUUUCUCUUUCUUUCUUCCUCUCCCAUUCUGUUUCUCUUUCUUUCUUCCUCUCCCAUUCUGUUUCUCUUUCUUUCUUCCUCUCCCAUUCUGUUUCUCUUUCUUUCUUUCUCUCCCAUUCCAUUUUUCUUUCUUUCUUUCUCCCCAUUCUGUUUCUCUUUCUUUCUUCCUCUCCCAUUCCAUUUUUCUUUCUUUCUUUCUCCCCCAUUCUGUUUCUCUUUCUUUCUUCCUCUCCCAUUCUGUUUCUCUUUCUUUCUUCCUCUCCCAUUCUGUUUCUCUUUCUUUCUUUCUCUCCCAUUCCAUUUUUCUUUCUUUCUUUCUCCCCCAUUCUGUUUCUCUUUCUUUCUUCCUCUCCCAUUCCAUUUUUCUUUCUUUCUUUCUCCCCCAUUCUGUUUCUCUUUCUUUCUUCCUCUCCCAUUCUGUUUCUCUUUCUUUCUUUCUCUCCCAUUCCAUUUUUCUUUCUUUUCUUUCUCCCCCAUUCUGUUUCUCUUUCUUUCUUCCUCUCCCAUUCUGUUUCUUUUUUUCUUUCUCUCCCAUUCCAUUUUUUCUUUCUUUCUUUCUCCCCCAUUCUGUUUCUCUUUCUUUCUUCCUCUCCCAUUCUGUUUCUCUUUCUUUCUUUCUCUCCCAUUCCAUUUUUCUUUCUUUCUUUCUCCCCAUUCUGUUUCUCUUUCUUUCUUCCUCUCCCAUUCUGUUUCUCUUUCUUUCUUCCUCUCCCAUUCCAUUUUUCUUUCUUUCUUUCUCCCCCAUUCUGUUUCUCUUUCUUUCUUCCUCUCCCAUUCUGUUUCUCUUUCUUUCUUUCUCCCAUUCCAUUUUUCUUUCUUUCUUUUCUCCCCAUUCUGUUUCUCUUUCUUUCUUUUCUCUCCCAUUCCAUUUUUUUUUCUUUCUUUUUUUCUCCCCAUUCUGUUUCUUUUCUUUCUUCCUCUCCCAUUCCAUUUUUUCUUUCUUUCUUUCUCCCCAUUCUGUUUCUCUUUCUUUCUUCCUCUCCCAUUCUGUUUCUCUUUCUUUCUUUCUCUCCCAUUCCAUUUUUCUUUCUUUCUUUCUCCCCCAUUCUGUUUCUCUUUCUUUCUUCCUCUCCCAUUCCAUUUUUCUUUCUUUCUUUCUCCCCCAUUCUGUUUCUCUUUCUUUCUUCCUCUCCCAUUCUGUUUCUCUUUCUUUCUUUCCUCCCAUUCCAUUUUCUUUCUUUCUUUUUUUCUCCCCAUUCUGUUUCUCUUUCUUUUUUCUCUCCCAUUCCAUUUUCUUUCUUUCUCCCCAUUCUGUUUCUCUUUCUUUCUUCCUCUCCCAUUCUGUUUCUCUUUCUUUUCUUCCUCUCCCAUUCCAUUUUUCUUUCUUUCUUUCUCCCCCAUUCUGUUUCUCUUUCUUUCUUCCUCUCCCAUUCUGUUUCUCUUUCUUUCUUUCACUCCCAUUCCAUUUUUCUUUCUUUCUUUCUCCCCCAUUCUGUUUCUCUUUCUUUCUUUCUCUCCCAUUCCAUUUUUCUUUCUUUCUCCCCCAUUCUGUUUCUCUUUCUUUCUUCCUCUCCCAUUCUGUUUCUCUUUCUUUCUUCCUCUCCCAUUCCAUUUUUCUUUCUUUCUUUCUUCCCCAUUCUGUUUCUCUUUCUUUCUUCCUCUCCCAUUCUGUUUCUCUUUCUUUCUUUCUCCCCCAUUCUGUUUCUCUUUCUUUCUUUCUCUCCCAUUCUGUUUCUCUUUCUUUCUUCCUCUCCCAUUCUGUUUCUCUUUCUUUCUUUCUCCCCCAUUCUGUUUCUCUUUCUUUCUUCCUCUCCCAUUCUGUUUCUCUUUCUUUCUUUCUCUCCCAUUCCAUUUUUCUUUCUUUCUUCCUCUCCCAUUCUGUUUCUCUUUCUUUCUUCCUCUCCCAUUCCAUUUUUCUUUCUUUCUUUCUCCCCCAUUCUGUUUCUCUUUCUUUCUUCCUCUCCCAUUCUGUUUCUCUUUCUUUCUUUCUCUCCCAUUCCAUUUUUCUUUCUUUCUUCCUCUCCCAUUCUGUUUUUCUUUUUCUUUCUUUCUCUCCAUUCUGUUUCUCUUUCUUUCUUCCUCUCCCAUUCCAUUUUUUCUUUCUUUCUUUCUCGCCCAUUCUGUUUUCUUUCUUUCUUCCUCUCCCAUUCUGUUUCUCUUUCUUUCUUUCUCUCCCAUUCCGUUUUUUCUUUCUUUCUUUCUCCCCAUUCUGUUUCUCUUUCUUUCUUCCUCUCCCAUUCUGUUUCUCUUUCUUUCUUCCUCUCCCAUUCCAUUUUUUCUUUCUUUCUUUCUCCCCAUUCUGUUUCUCUUUCUUUCUUUCUCUCCCAUUCUGUUUCUCUUUCUUUCUUUCUCUCCCAUUCCAUUUUUCUUUCUUUUCUUUCUCCCCAUUCUGUUUCUCUUUCUUUCUUCCUCUCCCAUUCUGUUUCUCUUUCUUUCUUUCUCUCCCAUUCCAUUUUCUUUCUUUCUUUCUCUCCCCAUUCUGUUUCUCUUUCUUUCUUCUUCUCCCAUUCUGUUUCUCUUUCUUUCUUUCUCUCCCAUUCCAUUUUUUCUUUCUUUUCUUUCUCCCCAUUCUGUUUCUCUUUCUUUCUUCCUCUCCCAUUCUGUUUCUCUUUCUUUCUUUCUCCCCAUUCUGUUUCUCUUUCUUUCUUCCUCUCCCAUUCUGUUUCUCUUUCUUUCUUUCUCUCCCAUUCCAUUUUUCUUUUUCUUUCUUCCUCUCCCAUUCUGUUUCUCUUUCUUUCUUCCUCUCCCAUUCCAUUUUUCUUUCUUUCUUUCUCCCCAUUCUGUUUCUCUUUCUUUCUUCCUCUCCCAUUCUGUUUCUCUUUCUUUCUUUCUCUCCCAUUCCAUUUUUCUUUCUUUCUUCCUCUCCCAUUCUGUUUCUCUUUCUUUCUUUCUCUCCCAUUCUGUUUCUCUUUCUUUCUUCCUCUCCCAUUCCAUUUUUCUUUCUUUCUUUCUCGCCCAUUCUGUUUCUCUUUCUUUCUUCCUCUCCCAUUCUGUUUCUCUUUCUUUCUUCCUCUCCCAUUCCAUUUUUUCUUUCUUUUCUUUCUCCCCAUUCUGUUUCUCUUUUUUUUCUUCCUCUCCCAUUCUGUUUCUCUUUCUUUCUUUCUCUCCCAUUCCAUUUUCUUUCUUUCUUUCUCCCCAUUCUGUUUCUCUUUCUUUCUUCCUCUCCCAUUCUGUUUCUCUUUCUUUCUUUCUCCCCCAUUCUGUUUCUCUUUCUUUCUUCCUCUCCCAUUCUGUUUCUCUUUCUUUCUUCCUCUCCCAUUCCAUUUUUCUUUCUUUCUUUCUCCCCCAUUCUGUUUCUCUUUCUUUCUUCCUCUCCCAUUCUGUUUCUCUUUCUUUCUUUCUCUCCCAUUCCAUUUUUCUUUCUUUCUUUCUCCCCCAUUCUGUUUCUCUUUCUUUCUUCCUCUCCCAUUCUGUUUCUCUUUCUUUCUUUCUCUCCCAUUCCAUUUUUCUUUCUUUCUUUCUUUCUCCCCCAUUCUGUUUCUCUUUCUUUCUUCCUCUCCCAUUCUGUUUCUCUUUCUUUCUUUCUCUCCCAUUCCAUUUUUCUUUCUUUCUUUCUCCCCCAUUCUGUUUCUCUUUCUUUCUUCCUCUCCCAUUCUGUUUCUCUUUCUUUCUUUCUCUCCCAUUCCAUUUUUUCUUUCUUUUCUUUCUCACCCAUUCUGUUUCUCUUUCUUUCUUCCUCUCCCAUUCUGUUUCUCUUUCUUUUCUUUCUCUCCCAUUCCAUUUUUUCUUUCUUUCUUUCUCCCCCAUUCUGUUUCUCUUUCUUUCUUCCUCUCCCAUUCUUUUCUCUUUCUUUCUUCCUCUCCCAUUCCAUUUUUUUCUUUCUUUCUUUCUCCUCCAUUCUGUUUCUCUUUCUUUCUUCCUCUCCCAUUCUGUUUCUCUUUCUUUCUUUCUCUCCCAUUACAUUUUUCUUUCUUUCUUCUCUCCCAUUCUCCCAUUCUGUUUCAUUCUUUCUUUCUUCUUUUCUCCCAUUCUGUUUCUCUUUCUUUUCUUUCUCUCCCAUUCCAUUUUCUUUCUUUCUUUCUCCCCAUUCUGUUUCUCUUUCCAUUUUUUCUUCCUCUCCCAUUCUGUUUCUCUUUCUUUCUUCCUCUCCCAUUCUCCGAUUACUCCGCUCUGCUUCGGUCAGACUUUUUUGCUUCUCCUCUCCUUCCUACUCCCCCUCAUUCCUCACCCUUUUCAAUGCGGAGGACCGUUGGCAGCAUUCUUUCAGUCUCCAUGUCGCUAUCCAGUUGCAACAACUGUGUCUGCUGUUGUUGCAGCCGCUGCUGCUGUUCCUGUUGAGACAGUUUGGGCUGGUCUUUGA